UGUUACUGUGAGACAUUGGUAGAAGUCUGCAUAUUAUGUGGGUGUUGUAUUAUUAUUAUUAUUAUUAUUUCAGAGGAGAUCCUGCAGACCCACAUUACCCAUUGGUGGUCUCCAGACGGGCUGCGGUUGGCCUACAUGACCAUCAACGACUCCCUGGUGCCGAAGAUGGAAAUCCCAUUUUUCACCGGAAUGCCGUACCCUGCCAAUCUGGAGUACCACUACCCGAAGGCUGGCGAGGAAAACCCUGUAGUGCACUUGUCCGUGGUGAGUCUCAACGGCCCCCUGCACACGGUGGUGAUGAAGAAACCUGAUGACCCUCGUAUAGGGAGGGAAUAUUAUAUCACCAUGGUGACAUGGGCCACCAACACCAAACUGGCUGUUAACUGGCUCAGUAGAGCCCAGAACAACUCCAUCCUGACACUGUGUGAGGCCACAACUGGAGUUUGCAUCAAGAAACUUGAGGAUGAGAGUGAGAGCUGGCUACACAGACAGAAUGAGCUGCCACUCUUUUCCCACGACGGACACAAGUUCUUCUUCACCCGGGCCAUACCUCAGGGUGGGAGAGGAAAGUUCUUCCACAUCUCUAUGUCCACAUCCAUGCCGAACACAAGCACAGACAUCCUUCAGUCGCUCACCUCCGGAGACUGGGACAUCACUAACAUCUUGGCGUACAAUCAUGAAAGGAACCUCAUAUACUUUCUGAGCACAGAGGACGACCCCAAACGACGGCACUUGUACAGUGCCGACACAAUCCCUCCUUUCAAUCGCCGCUGCCUGUCUUGUGAGUUCAAGUGCGGCUACAUGGACGUUUCGUUCAGCCACAGCAUGCAGUACUUCUUACUCAACUGUAAAGGCCCAGAUGUCCCACAUGUGGCUCUCUACAGCACCGAGGACAAAAUAAAAGUGUUUGACGUGGAGACAAACGAAAGAGUCAACAACACGUACAACAACAUGCAAAUGCCCAAAGUGGAGUACAAGACCAUCACCAUAGACGACUACACCCUGACGAUGCAGAUCCUGAAGCCAGCCGGAUUUGUAGAAACCUCACAUUAUCCUCUACUGCUGCUCGUCGAUGGUACGCCCGGCGGGCAGAUGGUGACGGAGCAGUUCCAGGUGGACUGGGACACAGUUCUGGUCAGCAGCUUCAGCACCAUCGUGAUCCGCUUCGACGGCCACGGCAGCGGUUUUCAGGGAACCAACCUCCUCCACAAAGUCAGGAGGAAGCUGGGAAAGUUAGAGGAGCGGGACCAGCAGGAGGCGCUCAGGUUCAUAUCUAAAGAGCCCUACAUUGAUAAGAAUCGGAUGGGAGUUUAUGGACAGGCCUAUGGAGGAUAUUUAGCCACGAUGCUUCUGAGCUCUGAAGAGUUUAACCAGCUUAAGUGUGGAGCGGCAGUCUCGCCCAUCACAGACUUUGAGCUAUAUGCCUCUGCGUUUUCGGAGCGAUACCUCGGAUUAAAGACAGAUUCUCGAGUGUAUGCGAUGGCAAACUUAGCACACAGAGCGGGUCAGCUGCUGGAAAAACAGUACUUGAUGAUUCACCCCACUGCUGACGAAAAGGUCCACUUCCAGCACACGGCUAAAUUUAUCAACCAUUUAAUCAACAAGAAAGCAAACUACACUCUGCAGAUCUACCCAGAUGAAGGACACUUCCUGCACAGCGAUGGAACACAGCAGCACCUGAGCCAGUCGCUGGUCAACUUCUUUGAGGAGUGUUUCCGGGUGCCGGAGGUUCUAAAAGAUGACCAACAGGAGGAGGAAGAGGAUGACAGUUAAGCCUGCUCCACUGAGAAGCCACCACUCCCCCCCCCCUCCGCCCUCCCCACACUCACUCACUACUCGGCCAGCUAACCUACACAGCACAAUAUGCAACCGAUCUUUCAAACCCAGUCAACCGACAACCCGCUGUCCCGUCUGAUUUGAUCUCAACUCUGAAGAGCAGAAGGAGACCUGGACCUCACUUUACCUCACCCCUUGCUGCCUGUAAACCGGUCAAAAAUAUGUCGAGUAAAUCUCAGAUGGGAUCAGUUAUUUUAUUAUCAGCUCCCUGCCAUUGGAAUGAGUGGAGUAGUGCUCCCUCUGGUGGACAAAUAGAGGACCAACAUGAUGCCCGUAGGGCAAAUGUCACCAUUCCAGAGCAGGCACCUUAACUGAGGGCUUUGCAGCACACACACACACACACACACACACACACACACACACAAACAAACAAAACCCCAGUGAAGAUCAAUUUAUCAUGUUGAGAUUCAACCUUUUAAAAGGCUGCCAGUUUCUGAUCACCUUUGCCAACUGACUUACUGAUUAUUGUGUUCAACAUGAGUAUGAUUACAGCUACUUGUUUGUCAGAAUUUCUCUGUUCCGUGUUCUUAAAAAUAGUAACCUGUCUGACUGCAUCAGUUGCUUUACAAUACUAGGGAAUAUUAAAAUAAAACAAAACAAAAAAGAAGAACAAUUUAACAAAGUGACCAUACAAAGAUGAAAUCAUUUCCCUUCACAUAGUGUAAAUCUGAAUGAAACUCUUUGUCACUGUGCCUUACUGUGGGUGAAAUGUUCAUGUUAGCAGCCCACGUUACACUGAAAAAUAGUAAAUAUGGGUUGGCUUUGUCUGAAGUGCGCAUUCUGUCGAAAACACAAAUCAUGACUUUAUUUUCCUGAAAGCAUAGCUGGGUGAAAAAAAAAGAGAAAAAGAGUAUUGCUCGUUUAAUCAUAGAACAUAGAAAAGACUUGAGUGCAAAAUAACUGCUUGAACGAUGGCAUCAUACCGAAACAAACGUUGAGAAUAUUCAACUUGGAGACACCAGUUUGUCCAUUUACCUUCCAGACCUGCAUAACGGUGAGUUAACUAUGCGGAACCUUCAUGGUUUUGUGGAUUUCUCUUGAUUUCUUGUGUGUUCAAUGGCUUGAAUCUUUCUCCCAUGUCACUUCUUGUUUGUGUUGUCUGUGGUUUCCAGUCAGCUAAUGUACAAAGUGUAUAAAUCCUAUAUUGUUUAAGUCUUUAUGUUUAUGUUGUAUUGUGCAACUUGUAUAUAAAGCAUUUUGAAAGAU